AUGCCCUUCAUCCCCUACAUGCCCUUCAUCCCCUACAUGCACUACAUCCCCUACAUGCACUACAUCCCCUACAUGCCCUACAUCCCCUACAUGCCCUACAUGUCCUACAUCCCCUACAUGCCCUUCAUCCCCUACAUGCCCUUCAUCCCCUACAUGCACUACAUCCCCUACAUGCACUACAUCCCCUACAUGCCCUACAUCCUCCUCAUCCCCUACACCCCCUACAUGCCCUUCAUCCCCUACAUCCCCUACAUGCCCUUCAUCCCCUACAUGCCCUACAUGCACUACAUCCCCUACAUGCCCUACAUCCUCCUCAUCCCCUACACCCCCUACAUGCCCUUCAUCCCCUACAUCCCCUACAUGCCCUUCAUCCCCUACAUGCCCUACAUGCACUACAUCCCCUACAUGCCCUACAUCCCCUACAUGCCCUACAUCCUCCUCAUCCCCUACACCCCCUACAUGCCCUUCAUCCCCUACAUCCCCUACAUGCCCUUCAUCCCCUACAUGCCCUACAUGUCCUACAUCCCCUACAUGCCCUUCAUCCCCUACAUGCCCUUCAUCCCCUACAUGCCCUACAUCCCCUACAUGCCCUACAUCCUCCUCAUCCCCUACAUGCCCUACAUGCCCUUCAUCCCCUACAUCCCCUUCAUCCCCUACAUGCCCUUCAUCCCCUACAUGCCCUACAUCCCCUUCAUCCCCUACAUGCCCUACAUCCCCUACAUGCCCUACAUCCCCUUCAUCCCCUACAUGCCCUACAUCCCCUUCAUCCCCUACAUGCCCUACAUCCUCCUCAUCCCCUACAUGCCCUUCAUCCCCUACAUGCCCUACAUGCCCUUCAUCCCCUACAUGCCCUACAUGCCCUUCAUCCCCUACAUGCCCUACAUGCCCUUCAUCCCCUACAUGCCCUACAUGCCCUUCAUCCCCUACAUCCCCUUCAUCCCCUACAUCCCCUUCAUCCCCUACAUGCCCUACAUGCCCUUCAUCCCCUACAUCCCCUUCAUCCCCUACAUCCCCUUCAUCCCCUACAUGCCCUACAUCCCCUACAUGCCCUUCAUCCCCUACAUGCCCUACAUGCCCUACAUCCCCUACACCCCCUUCAUCCCCUACAUGCCCUACAUCCCCUACAUCCCCUACAUGCCCUAA